GACCCCCGCCCUGGCAAUUGCGUCGCAGUCACCGCGUUCCCCUCCCGAGCACGCAACCAUGGCGCGCCCAGCGUCAGCCACCGCCGCGCUCCUCCUCCUCCUCGUCCUCUCCCUCCUUGCCGUCGCGCACUGCCGGACCGUCGCAGUCGUCGCAGCAGACCACGCCGCCGAGCCCGAAUCAACCGCCGCCGGCGCCGUGGCCGUCAGCGACGAGAAUGGGCUAUCCAACCCCACCCUCCCCGCCGAGGCGGGCGCCAGCGCCACCGAGGAGGAGGUCCUCCCGGCGGAGCAGCAGCAGCAUGGGUUAGAAUUCCUCCGCCUGCCGUCCCACCGGCACCACCGCCACCGCCCCUGCAGCCUCCACCACCACCUCUGGUGGAAGCGCCACCACGGCGUCUACCGUGACGCGCCGCUCAGGUUCCCCAUGGCAGAGGAGGUCAGGGAGGCGGAGGAGGUGAAGCCCGUGGCCGAGCCGGACCCGGAUCGUUCUCUCCCAGACAGUGACGGAGACGGGGAGCUGGUGGCCAGCAAGGAGCCGUCGUUCGCCGACGCCGACGGGCACGAGGAGGACGGCGAGCACGCAGCGGCGGUCAGGGCGUGGAAGAAGGAGAUGCUGCGGAGGUGGUUCCACUUCCACUUCCACCACGGCAUGCGCCGCCACCGUCUCCACCACCACCACCACGACGAGGAGGAGGGCCCGGACGAGGCUGCCCCAGAGGGCAUGAGCAUGAAGCGGUUCCACUUCCACCACCACGACGAAGAGGACGACGAGGAGAAGAAUAUGGUGAGGAAGCGGCUCCGUCACGCUGAGCACGGCGGGGACAACGACGACGAGGAUGAAGAUGAACAGGUGGAAGAGAUGGUCCGGCGGUUCAGGAAGGCGAUCAUGAGGAGAAGGAGGUUCGGCCACGGUCACGGCCACGGCCACGGCCACGGCCACCGCGACCACAGCCACCGCCAUGCCGAGGACGCCGAGAAGCAGGCAGAUGGAGAAGAGGAGAGUGGUGUGCUGGCUUGGAUCAAGGCCCUCAUGAAUCGGUUCUAGAGCUGUACGUCUCGAUCGUUCGAGCGAUCCGAUCCGUAGUCCACUCACGGUCAUAUGGCUGCUGCUCGCUUCUGAUUACCAUCCCGCAUCUUGCUGUGUGUUAUAGUGUGUUUCUUCUAUCCACGGUGUGGUCGAUCGUCUUACGCAUGCACUUGUACGACAGUACGUAGUACAUGAUUGUGUGCUCGACAUGGUACGGUGUGUUUCAUGUGAUUCUAUGCACGCAUAUACCUUUCUGUUUUUUUUUCGGAGAUCGUGAUAUUCAAUAAUACGCAGUGAUUUUAGUUAUUUAUUGCUGCGAGUU